AUGAACUCUCAGUCACAACAACAGCAACAAGGCAAACAGAAAAACCGAGAAGAGGAGGAAGAAGAAAACCAUUUGUUACAUUCAGAAUGCGAGUCAAUACCGUUGUCUUCACCCCAUGUAUUACCCUCAAACUGGGAACAUGCAGACAAAGAAGAAGAAGAAGAAGAGAAAGACUCCGUGUAUGCAGCCAAGGACAAGGUGCAGAUAUUUGACUUGGAGUCUUCCGGCGCAGCAGGGUCCACGGCGGUGCCGCCGUUUUCGUGGAGGAAGCUGUGGCUGUUCACAGGGCCAGGGUUGUUGAUGAGCGUGGCGUUUUUGGACCCGGGGAACCUCGAAGGGGAUCUUCAAGCUGGUGCGAUUGCAGGUUACUCCUUGCUUUGGUUGUUGAUGUGGUCCACCAUCAUGGGGUUGGUGAUACAACUUCUGUCGGCGAGGCUCGGGGUGGCGACCGGGCGGCACCUGGCGGAGCUGUGCAGGGAGGAGUACUCCAAUUGGGCAAGGUUGGUUCUGUGGAUCUUGGCUGAGAUGGCUCUCAUUGCUGCUGAUAUUCAGGAGGUUAUUGGCAGUGCCAUUGCUUUCAAGAUUCUUAGCCAUGGCCUUAUCCCCAUUUGGGCUGGUGUGGUUAUCACAGCCACGGAUUGUUUCUUUUUUCUAUUUCUCGAGAACUAUGGAGUGAGGAAGUUGGAAGGAGUUUUCGCAGUUUUCAUUGGCACUAUGGGCCUUUCUUUUGCGUGGAUGUUCUUUGAUACAAACCCCAGUGAAGAAGAACUAAUGAUGGGUCUUUUAAUCCCAAGACUGAGUUCAAAAACUCUUCGCCAGGCUGUGGAAAUUGUGGGGUGUGUGAUAACCCCACAUAAUGUGUUCCUCCAUUCUGCAUUGGUACAAUCAAGGGACAUUGAUAUCCGUAACAAAGGCCAGGUUCAAGAGGCUCUCAACUACUACUCAAUUGAGUCCUCAGUUGCACUUUUAGUCACACUGUUGAUCAAUCUAUCUGUAAUAACAGUUUUUGCUAGAGUGUUCUAUGGUACAGAACAGGCCAAUGGCAUAGGAUUGGUAAAUGCAGGGCAAUAUCUUGAGGAAAGGUAUGGGGGAGGGUUGUUUCCAAUUCUCUACAUAUGGGGUAUUGGUUUAUUAGCAGCUGGCCAAAGUAGUACCAUAACUGGCACGUAUGCUGGCCAGUUUAUAACAGAGGGUUUUCUUAAGCUCAACAUAAAGAAGUGGUUGAGGGCAUUGAUUACCAGAAGUUGUGCAAUUGUUCCAACUAUGAUUUGUGCUAUUGUUUUUAAUACAUCAGAAAGUUCAUUGGACACCUUGAAUGAAUGGCUUAAUGUGGUCCAGGCAAUACAGAUUCCUUUUGCUCUUAUCCCCCUUCUCACUUUGGUGUCCAAAGAGGAGGUGAUGGGAACCUUCAGAAUAGGGCCUAUAGUAGAGAAAGUGGCUUGGAGUGUGGCUGUGCUGGUAAUAUUGGUUUAUGGAUAUAUGUUAUUAGAUUUCUUCCUGGAAGAAGUAGAUGGAGUAUUGUUUGGUUUUGUGGUCUGCCUUGGUGCUGCAGCAUGGAUUUCAUUUAUUGUAUAUUUGGUUCAACACAGUGGUGCCAUUCCUUCACUCAUGACCAGGUCCCCUAAUUCAAGAGGUUUUUUCUCUCUUUCUGGGAACUAAGCCUGCAAAUCCAAACCAUUUUUGGGGGCUAAAAUGUAAGGAAGACUGUUGCCAAUUUUUCCAGAGUUGUAGAUAGAUAAUGUAUUCC